AAUCACCCGCUGUUUAUUUUUUUUCUAGUUUAUAAACCCCGCGGGCUGCGGGCGGAAAUGGCGUCUUCGUGAACAACCCGCCCCCGGGGCGUCCUCCCCAAUAGUCCGUUCCCCAGGGCUCGCCGUAUCGCCACUGCUACCAUCCAAGACGGGUUAAUAGAUUUGCAUCAUUAGAUUCCUCUAGAAGGGUUUUGGGGCUUUUGUCUAUGGGCGCUCCCAAGCAGAAAUGGACAGCAGAGGAAGAGGCUGCUCUCAGAGCUGGAGUUGUUAAACAUGGGGCUGGAAAAUGGCGAACAAUAUUGAAGGAUCCAGAAUUUAGUGGCAUCUUAUGUUUGCGGUCAAAUGUUGAUCUCAAGGACAAAUGGCGGAACAUGAGUGUGACUGCAAAUGGAUGGGGAUCUCGAGAGAAGGCUAGGAUAGCCUUGAAGAAGAGUCGGCAGAUUUCCAAGCAUGAUGAUACCCCAAAGGUUCUAAAUACAGAAGUUCAGGAUAUUGAUGAUGAAAUUGUUGACACCAAGCCUCUUGCAUUGUCUAGUGAGAGUUUAAAAAUUACUGGUUCUAAAAGAUCUAUCUCAAGGCUGGAUGAUCUUAUCAUGGAAGCUAUUACUAAUUUAAAGGAGCCCACUGGGUCUAACAAGACGGCUAUUGGCAUGUAUAUAGAGGAACAAUACUGGCUUCCUCCAGAUUUCAAACAGUUGUUGUCUGCAAAACUGAAGGCAUUGACUGCGAGCAGAAAAUUGAUUAAGGUGAAACGCAAGUAUAGGAUAGCACCGAUUUCAGCAUUUUCAGAAAGAAGAAACUCCAAGGCAUUUCUUCUUGAGGGAAGGAAAAUGGGGCCUCCCAAACUAGAAAAGGAUGAUAUUAAGAUGCUCACAAAAGCUCAAGUCGAUGCUGAAUUAGCACAGAUGAGAAACAUGACUGCAGAGGAGGCUGCAGCUGUUGCUGCUAAGGCAGUUUCAGAGGCAGAGGCGGCCAUUAAAGAAGCUGAAGAAGCAGCGAGAGAGGCAGAGGCUGCAGAAGCUGAUGCAGAAGCUGCAAAGGCUUUUGCUGAGGCGGCUAUGUUGACGCUAAAAAACCGAAAUGCAGCUAAAAUGAUGGUUCGAGUUUGACAGGGAACAACUGGGUGUUUCAUCUGUGUUUCCUUAUUUUCUCCAUACAACAUUGCCAGACAUGCUGUCGUUUUGUUUUGUCAAAUAUGUAGAUAUAUGGUCAGGGUCUGUAUAGCUUGGAUAAUGCAGGUUUCCAGUAAAUGACCCUGGGAACCCUUCCUUGGCUCAUGAUCGCAGGCUGGAAGUUGCCCAGUCAUCAUCAGCUCCUAUUAUCAUUUCAUGUUUCCAUGCUGUCAAAAGUGUCCAGUGGAACUGGCAGAAAACGGGGCUUUCAUCAACUGAAAACUUUGAAAUAAGUUACUUGAUGCAUGACAUCAUUGGGAAUUGAAUUGGUUUCUGUUGUACGUUCUCUGUCGUUCUCAGGUUUUGCUGCAGAAUUAAAUGGAUAAAGAGGAACUUUAAAGUUCGUUCCCUCUA